AUGGAAAAACUAGCUUCGUUUCAAAACAACGAUCCUGCUGUUCUACUACAGUUGACAAAACAAUUGAUAGAGAGAGAUUUUUUUCUGACAUUCUUAACCCAUUCGCAGCUGAAGGUAUUGACUCGCAUUGUCAAGUCGAAUGAUUUGAAUGUAUGGAAGCAUUUUCUCGAAGGCAAAAUUGUCAUUGAAGUCGAGGACACUGCCGAGGCAGAAACUGAUGCGGAUUUGGGCGAAUUUGAUGAAGAUUUCGUCACUCAGCUUGUCAUGAAGGUGCGAUACUUAUUAUGGGAAAAGGCCAUUGACUUUUACUAUCUGAGUGAGUCUAUGCUUAAUAAAGGACUUGAGGAGGUUACUGAUGACUUUGAGCUUAUUGACGGCUUGAAAAUGGACGAAAAUGUUGCAGAGGAAACCAAAAAUGAGGAGGAAGAGCCCGCAGCGCCGGUUCGAGAAGAGGAAGAUGAUUACGACGACGAUGAUGAAGAUGACAAAGAAGAAGAGAAACAAGAAGACUCCGCUCAAGGUCAGGAAGAAGACGUUGAAAUGGCAGAAACCAACUAUUCAGACAACAAAGCAGUUAUAAAGGUGCCAGCCCAAGAACUAGCAGAGGACACGAAAAAAGACGACGAAAAUUCAGUAGCAGAAGUACCGUCUGAGCUCAUAAAGGAGCUCAACAAGGCAUAUCAUACGUUUGAAUACGAUCGAGAAACGCUUUUCAAAAGGAGAAAGUUGGAAAAAUCUAAUCAGCAGCUUGAUUCAGACUCUAAAAGUGAAGAAGCUAUCAAAAAGGAUAACGAUCCAGUAACGGACGAGAAUGGAGUGUCAACCAAUCAAGCAGCAAGUGAAUCUAAUCUCGCUCCGGCCUCUUUUGGAGUUGGAACCACUUCGUUACGAAACCUUCUCAAUACCAUUCAAAGUCACAGAGACCAAAUUCCCUUAGAUGAACAUGAGCUUCGAAUGCUUUUCAUGGACGUUCGCAAAAACAGAAGCAAGUGGGCUAACGAUGAAAGAGUUGGGCAAGAAGAACUUUAUGAGGCUUGCGAGAGAGUGGUGUUGGACUUGCGAGGAUAUACUGAACACUCAACGCCAUUUUUGAACAAAGUCAGCAAGAGAGAAGCCCCAAACUAUGGUCUUAUUAUCAAAAAGCCAAUGGACUUGAAUACUGUCAUGAAGAAAUUGAAAAGUUUCUCCUAUAAUUCGAAAGCUGAGUUUGUCGACGAUCUAAUGCUCAUCUGGAGCAAUUGCUUAACUUAUAACGCAGACCCCAAACACUUUUUGCGAGCCCAUGCUAUAGCCAUGCAGAAGCGCACCCAAAAGCUCAUACCUACGAUUCCAGAUAUCACCAUUAAGCACCGGCUGGAAAUUGAAAAGGAAGAGGAUGAUCGCGAAGCUUCAAUAGACCCUGAGGGUUCAUCUGGAGCUGGUGCUGGAAAAGGUCUUCAGCGACAUACCAUAAAAGAGGAGGCAGAGGCUCUCAGUUGCCGAAGAGACCCCAGAGGUUGA